GUGGCAGGCCGAGCAUUCUCGGACGAGGCACGGGUGGGAUCCUUCCGGAGGAAUCUCCACUGGGGUCGCGGCAAGCAGCAUCCCGCCCACGUUUCGCCCCUUUGGGGAAUGGGACAGCAAAUUCUUUCGGAGGUCAACAGCGUCGUGCGAUAUGGAAGAUGGUGCGAGUGAGGCAUCUGAUGUUGAAAAAAAUGAUCUACCAGCAGCUGCCACGACCGCGUCCGCGACGCAGCAUCGAAAUUCGGAGGGCGCGCGAAGCUAUUUCCGGAGUGGUGAAGACCGAUCAUCGGCAACAAGUAGGGAAUCGAGAUCGAUUUCUACCGGUAAAGCUACUCGCGCAGCCUCCUCAGAAGGCGGCGGAGCUCCGCGACGCGCUAGUCGGCGGAGAAGAAGGAGCAGCUCGCCUGCUGCUCCUCCGCAAGUAGAGACUCCACCUGUUCAUCUUGGCGGUCAAAGACGUAAAUCCACACAUCAAGGACCACAGACGAGAACAACGCAACCUCGCGGCAGGUCUCCCACCCGCGGUAAAGCUCUUGUGGCGCAGCCGCUGCGAACCACGGGGAGGGAGAAGGACCGGCGAUCAAAGAGUCGGCUGCGCGUUAAAAGCAAAAGGCGCACCGCCAGCGCUCCUGUGGGUGGCGCAGGGGGACGACGGACGGAGGCUUCGAUCGACAAAAGAAGUUCUUCGAAGAGGAAUCGUGCGGCACUUUGGAAGACACUAGAUGACGUGGCGGAGGCCAGCAGUGCGGUGCAUCAUAAGGGGGAUUAUGUUGGCCCGGCUGCUGCUCCUGCUGCGCCUGCAGCAUCAGCAGCUCCUGUGGGCGGGCAUCAAGUCGAGCCUGAAGCUCCUGCGUCAGACCAUUUCGAAAUAGAGCCUGGCGAAAAUCCAACGUUUGCUCUGGGGCUAGCGGCUAUUCCGUCGACAAGGCCAUCCUGGGCAGAUUGGAUGGAUUCAGAUGAUGACAGCGACGGCGAAGAUGAGGGUGAAAGUGAAUAUGUGCGCUCUUUUUAUCAACAGGGACACCAACACGACCCCAUCUCCGUGGAGGAGUGUGCACUCCACGGACGAGACACGGCUGCAGUACUACCAGGCAGCCCUCCUCGGGGUUCUCUGAGUCGUCCCCGGGUAGAGCAGGUACGGGACCCAGAAGUUGUGGGGAGG